UAAAGUAGAAGAACACAAACAAGAAGAUGUAAAAGAAGAAGAACAACAACAGAAACAAAUGGUUGAAUCUCAAAAAACGAAUUUGAAGAAGAAAUUGCAGCAUCUACAUUAUGGCAGCAAGGAGCCAGAUAAUCCUUCUGUUGUUUCCAACAUCUGUACUGAAUUAUAUAUCCUUGGGGUAGGAGAAAAGGAGGUUGGCCAUGAGCAUGAGGUCAGACAGAUUGAGAGGUCUUCAAGAUGGGACACAACAGCGGCCACUGCUAUUAACUGUUGUGAAAUGUUCAAGCCACUGCCUGGACAAGAGGAACACAUUAGGACUGUGCUCACAACUGGCAUAGCUGGCAUUGGAAAAACAGUGACAGUACAAAGGUUUAUCCUCGACUGGGCAGAAAACAGAGCCAAUCAAGAUAUUCCGUUGAUGCUUUUGGUAUCGUUUCGAGAAUUAAGUAUGUUGAAAAGGCAUCACAUGAGCUUAACAGAGUUGCUGCAGCAAUUAGGAAAUACAAUAAGGGAUGUUGAGAUGCUACACCAGUCCAAAGUCCUGUUCAUCUUAGAUGGUUUAGAUGAAAGCAGAAUUACAUUAGAUUUUGGAAAUAAUGAAACAUGUUAUGACAUAACAGAAGAUACUUCAGUAGAUGUGCUGUUGACAAACCUCAUCAAGGGGAAUCUGCUUCCUUCUGCUCUCAUCUGGAUAACAACCCGACCAGCAGCAGCCAGUCAAAUCCCUCCUGAGUGUGUGGGCCGCGUGACAGAAUUAAGGGGUUUCAGUAAUCCGCAGAAGGACGAAUACUUCAGGAAGCGAAUCAGUGAUGAGGAUCUUUCUGAAAGAAUCAUUAAACAUCUAAAGUCAUCCAGUUUACUCUACAUAAUGUGCCACAUUCCAGUCUUCAGCUGGAUUGCAGCCACAGUUCUGGAAACUCUUCUCAGAUACCAAGAUGAUGCAGGAGAAAUUCCCAGGACGGUCACUCAAAUGUAUAUACACUUCUUGAUCAUGCAGACAAGUGUUAGCAAAGAAAAGUACACAGAGAGAAAAGCCACGGAUAAAGAGAUCAUACUCAAAUUAGGACAACUGGCUUUCCAACAGAUGGAGAAGGGUCAUCUCAUCUUCUACGAGGCAGACCUGAGAGAGUGUGGCAUCGAUGUGAAAGAAGCAUCCCUGUAUUCAGGAGUGUGUACACAAUUCUUCAACGAGGAAACUGGGCUGUAUCAGGGAAGGCUGUUCAGCUUUGUGCACCUGAGCAUUCAGGAGUUUCUUGCAGCUAUCUAUGCUCACAUAUCUUUCCUGGAACACAGGAUCAAUGUAUUUCAGUCGACCCCAAGCAUGGAACUCAGUGAAAAGUACAGGGGUUCAAACCUGUCCAGCUUACACAAGGAUGCCAUUGACCGGGCGGUGCAGUCACCGAACGGACACCUGGACUUAUUCCUGAGAUUCCUGCUGGGCUGUUCCAGAAGGUGCAAUAAGGAACUUCUAAAGAAAAUCUUGGGAAUGGUGGAUAGCACAAAGGGAAGGGACUUGACUGCCAAGUACCUCAGGAACGUAAUUGCACAAAACCCCUCACCUGAGAAAAGUAUCAACCUCUUCCACUGCCUGAAUGAGCUGAGUUACAGAAAGCUUGUGGAAGAAGUGCAGCGUUUCCUGUGCUUGAACAUCGUCCCACGGCUCAAGCUGUCCUCUGACCAAUGGGCUGCCCUGGUAUUCAUCCUCCUUACCUCAGAGAAUGACCUCAGCACCUUUGACCUCGACAAGUACAUGAACUCCAACACUGCUCUGCAGAGGCUGAUGCCCGUGGUCAAAAAAGCCAAAACACUUCGGCUUAAGAAAUGUAACCUGACGGAGAAAAGUUGGGAGGCGCUUGUGGUUGUCAUUCACUCACCACGGCUUGAAGAGCUGGAUCUGGGUGGCACUCACCUGCAGCAUUGCCAUGUCAAACACCUCUGCUCUGCUCUCACAUCUGUAAACUGCAAACUGCAGAGACUAAAGCUGAAUGGUUGCAAGCUAAAUGAGGAUAGUUGUGCUGCCAUGAUUGCGGCCGUCGGCUCAGUCUUGGCCAGUCUGAUCGAGCUGGACAUGAGUGAUAAUCAGCUGGGAGAUGCUACUGUCAUGAAACUCUCUCUAACCCUGGCCACUACUCAGUGCCAGCUGCAGGAACUCAGGCUGGGAUGGUGUGGUGUGAAGGAGGAAGGGUUCCUCUACCUGGCGACUGCUCUGCAGGCAAACUCCUCCCACUUGAAGGAGCUGGACCUCAGCAUGAACACACCAGGAGACGAAGGAGUAUGCAAACUUUCCACCGCUCUCAGCGAAUCACAGUGCAACCUUCAAAUACUCAAGUUGAAUAAGUGUGAGCUAACCCACAGCAGCUGCUCAUCUCUGGCGGCCCUCAUUCGCUCUGAGUCCUCAGGUGUCUUAGAGCUGCACCUGAAUGAUAAUAACCUGCAGGACGCCGGCGUGAAGACUUUAGCAGAGGCACUCAGCACACCUGGGUGCAAACUACAGGUGCUCAGGCUGUAUAACUGUGGAAUCUCUGAGAGGGGCUGUGGGUAUCUGGCAGAGGCAUUGAGAGCAGGUCCCUUUGGCCUGCGAGAGUUGUACCUGGACUGCAACCAUGCGUUGGACUGCAGAGUUAACCCUUUAAUGGAGCUGCAGAGCACCCUUCCACUUGACAGACAACUAGAGAAGUUGGACAUUAAGGACUCGUAAUCCGACCAAGUGCAUGCAGACCUGCGGAGGAGUGGUGUGUGUGUGUGUGUGUGUGUGUGUGUGUGUGUGUG